GCCGCCAGCAGACGUGUCACGCGCAACAAUGUCAUCGGUAGAUUCCGUUUUAUCCGACAUUGACGAGCCAACGCAGGCGGAAAAGUUGAACCGCGUGCGUACGUUGCGUGAGAUGGGUGAGAAGUUCGACGACGUCAUCAGGCAAUUCGUCGUCGAAUCCAAACAAAGUUUGCCACCAGAUUACACGACACUACAUGAACAUUUAUAUUUGAGUCCGAGAUUUUACGAUAGCUAUGAUUAUCAUGUGUCUGCGAAAAUUAUCGGACGAAUGCAACAUCGCCUCGUCGCCGAGUAUCACGACAAACCACAGCUAUGGAUGAGUCCUGAUAUAUUGGCGGAUUUUAGAAAGAAGAUGUCGAAGAAAGUGAAGAAAAAGUGGUACAAUGAGAAGUGAACAGGACAUUUUUGACGACGGCGAUACGUCAUUUGUGCUUGACGAACUUCAUUUUUAUUGCGACUUAUGUGUGGUUUUUUAAGCGUGGAUUGCAUCAAUUGUAGUAAAUAAUUUGCCCGAUUUUUGUUUUUAAUUUUUGACGAACGUGUCUUACGUACGAGAUUAACAAGCUUUAGCGAAGUGAUUUUUAAUUUUUUAACUGGGCAAAUAUGAAAUAUUACAAAUGUUUGAGAAUCAUCUUUAUGGUUCAUUAAUAAUGUUCGUUAUAUAAUGAAAUGUUGUUGAUAAAUAGUAGAUCAUUUUUAAUUACUUUCGAUCUCUUAAAUAAUUAUAAGUGUAAAAAGAGUAGAUAAAUAAUAGUAUCAAUUUUUCAAUUAGAAACAUUUUGUAGUGAAAGCUUUGCGAUAUUCUACAUGUAUAAAACAUUGUAUCAAUAUUAUUUAGAUCUCAAAUUACAAAUUGAUUUUUAAUAUUUUUUUUCAGGUGAACGAUUAUAUGUUCAACAGAUUUUUUUUGACAAGAUAUUCAAGUGUAACAUUUACAGAUGAGUUGAAAUCCUAAAGAUCUGAUACUUUUAUACCAUGUCACUACUGUCUAGAAUUCAAUCUGUUAGUAUGUUCAAUUUUAUUAUUAAUUCCAGUGUCAUAUACAAACUUUAC